CGAUCCCCCGUGUAAGAGUGAGGUGGAGGAGGACAUUCCAGUCCAUGUGACCACAGGGAAUCCCAGGAUAAAUUCAGAGGGAGUCUUCAUGUACUCGCUAAAUUAUAAAGUAGAAGAUGAAGAUAUGAUGCAGCGUUCUUCAGGAGAAAACCUCAUUACCUUAAAUGUAUAUCCGGAUCCUAACAGUACAGAUCUACAGUAUAAUCCUCCUAAUCACGAGGAACCUUCUCCUGACCAGUCACACAUUGUGACCUCAAGCACCGGUCAGAAAAAGGUUAAAAGUUAUCAAUGUGGGGAAUGUGGAAAGCAGUUUACACACAGCUCACGUCUCUGUACACACAGAAGAAUUCACACAGGAGAGAAGCCAUACUCCUGUUCAGAAUGUGGGAAAUGUUUUAUCUAUAAAUCAUGCCUUGAUCAGCAUGAGAGAAUUCACACAGGGGAGAAGCCAUAUUCAUGUUCAGAAUGUGGGAAAUGUUUUGCACGGAAAACAGGCCUUGUUAGACAUCAGCAGACUCACACCGGAAAGAGGCCAUAUCCAUGUCCAGAAUGUGGGAAAUGUUUUACCUCAAAAUCAAAUCUUAUUAAACAUGAGAGAAGUCACACAGGAGAAAAGCCGUUUCCAUGUCCAGAAUGUGGGAAAUGUUUUGUAGAUAAAUCACAUCUUGUUAGACAUGAGAGAAUUCACACAGGAGAGAAGCCGUUUUCAUGCUCUGAAUGUGGGAAAUGUUUUCGAUCAAGAUCAAAUCUUUUUAGACAUGAGAGAAGUCACACCGGGGAGAAGCCAUUUUCCUGUUCUGAAUGUGAGAAAUGCUUUAUUACUAAAGGGAAACUUAAGGAUCAUCAGAGAAUUCACACAGGAGAGAAACCAUAUUCAUGCUCAGAAUGCGGGAAAUGUUUUGCUGAAAAAUCUAAACUUCUAACACAUGAGAGAAUUCACACAGGGGAAAAGCCAUUUUCAUGUUCAGAAUGUGGGAAAAGUUUUACAGAAAAAUCAAAACUUGUUACACAUGAGAGAAUUCACACAAGGGAGAAGCCGUAUUUAGGUUCCGAGCUUUAUACAUAACUCACAUCUUGAGGAACGUCAGAUUAGUCACACAGGAGAGAAACCAUUUUGAUGUGCUGUAUUAGAAAAGCGUUUUACUUGGAAAUCAAAGGAAUUUAUCAGGUAAUUCAAAGAAAGAAACCAUAUUUUUAGAAAACUUCCAUAAAAGAUUCUUAAGUUAUUAUCGAAUUAUUCACAGUAUUGCUCUGCUUUCAUAUGAGGUAUGAUUGCAAUAUACAUGCAAUAAAAAUAUUCUUUGUUUUCAUGCACCCUUUUCUCUGUGGUGGCGCCCCCUGCUGUUUCUCUUGUGGCCUGCUUUCUCCAUCAUUCAGGUGGACUAACAUGCUCAGAAGUUGGU